UAUAAACCAUAAUUUAUGUAACCAUAAAGAGCUUGUAAUCACGAAAGCAGAUAAGGGUAAUUGCACCGUAAUCCAAAACAAGUAUGACUUUGACCAAAGGAUAGUUAAUGCUCUCAAUGAUACUGAAACUUAUAAAAAAUUAAAUAAAAAUCCUACCAUGAACAUUCAAAGUAAAACUAACAAAAUUAUAUCACAACUUUUUGAUAAAAAAAUGAUAUCGAUUGAACAACAAAAAUGGUUAAAAAUUAAUAAUGGUGUCGCUCCCAAAAUCUAUUUUUUACCAAAAAUUCAUAAAUUGGGGACACCACUACGACCCAUAGUCUCUUUUACUGGUUCCCCUCUUUACAAUUUAACAAAACUUUUGUCCAACAUUUUACAACAUUUUUUUAUAAAAGAUGAACGAUAUGUGAAAAAUUCUUUUGAUUUCGCUAAUUACAUUAAAGAGCAAACAGUCCCUGAAGGUUAUAUUCUUGUAUCGUUGGAUGUUGUUUCUUUAUUUACUAAUAUACCGGUGGACCUAGUAACUGAUAUAAUCACCCAAAAGUGGCAUCUUAUCCGGCCUAAUACAUCGCUAGACCUUGAAACAGUUGUUUUUCUUUUUAAUUUUUGUAUUGAGAAUAAUUAUUUCCAACAUGGUGAAAAUUUCUAUACCCAAAUUUUUGGCCUAGGAAUGGGAAACUGCAUGUCCCCAAUAUGCUCAGACAUUGUAAUGGCACAACUACAAGAUCAGUGUAUUUCUGAACUAUCUUUUAAUGUACCUUUUUUCUGUAGGUACGUUGAUGACAUAAUCACGGCAAUUCCAAAUAAAAAAGAAAACGAAAUUCUAUCAGUCUUCAAUAGUUUCCAUCCACGUUUACAAUUCACUAUCGAACAAGAAAUUAACUGUAGUCUUCCAUUUUUGGAUGUUAAAGUCAUAAGAUCCACAGAUGGUACCAUAAAAACAGAUUGGUAUCAAAAACCAACUUUUUCAGAACGCAUUUUAAAUUAUUUUUCAGAACAUCCUAUGACACACAAAAUAAAUGUAAUAAAAAACUUAAAACAUCGGUGCUUGAGACUUUCUAGUCCAGAAUAUCAUAAAAAAAACCUUCAUUAUGUUCAGACAAUUUUAAAGAAAAACAACUACCCCCUAUCAAUUAUUAAAAAAAUAAUUAACGACACCGAGAACAUUACUCAAAAUAUUACACGAAACAAUGAAAAUAAUCAAUUGGCUUAUUUCAAGAUUCCUUACAUUAACACACUUUCUCAUAAAAUUAAAAAGACCAUACAAUCAAAAUCUGAUGUUAUUAAAAUCUCAGAAAGAAGUGAAAACUCGGGCCCUGAUGAAGCAAUAAAAUUAUUGCGAAACGUUGGCCAGUACAUAAAGUGACGUUUGUUUUUAUUCCUUCGAUCCCAUCCCACAACUAAACUCAAGAUUUCAAA